UCAAUCGUUAUAGGCGGCAAUGAUGAUCAUGCCAUACCUCAUCCACAGGCUUAGAUCUCUUGUGGGUUUGAAAGGCUGGGACUGUUGUGUUCUCUGGAAACUAAGUGAAGACCAAAGGUUUAUUGAGUUGAUUGAUUGUUGCUGUGCUGGGACUGAGAUCAGCCAAACUGAUGCUGGACAAAAUCUUCCUUUCCCUCCUCCAGUGCUUGCAUGUAGGGAUACAAUCUUACAGCAUCCAAGAACCACAUCUUGUGAUCUUCUAGCCCAAAUACCUUCUUCCAUGCCCCUACACUCCGGGAUUUAUGCAGAGACCUUGAUUUCAAACCAAACCAGUUGGUUAAACUUCUCUAACAACACAUUUUUAAGUACAUUAGAGGAAACUAUUGGGACCAGGGUUGUGAUUCCAAUACCAGGAGGAAUAAUCGAGCUUCUUGUUACCAAACAAGUAUUUGAAGAUCAGCAUGUUAUUGAUUUUGUCACAGCCCAAUACAACCUCUCACUAGAGGAGGAGGCCCUGACUAGCAUAACUGCAGAAAAUGGGUUUCAAGAGAUGGAGGCGAUGCAGAUGUCUAUCACUAGUGAGAGACAACGGCACAUGGAUAUGCAACAAUAUAUGGAGGCAUUAGUACCAAACAUUGAUCAGCAAGAGGGUAACGAGAAGCGGGACUCAAAUACACAUGAGGCAGAGGGACAAGCUGGGGAUUUUAUGUCGGAUUGCAGCGAUCAGAUUGAUGAGGAGGCGGAUACAAAAUAUCAAAGGAGGACAGGGAAACGGCCUCAAGCCAAAAACCUUAUAGCUGAGAGAAAGAGAAGGAAGAAGCUUAAUGACAGACUUUAUGCUCUUAGGUCUUUGGUUCCCAUUAUUUCUAAGUUGGACAGGGCCUCCAUUCUUGGGGAUGCAAUUGAAUAUGUGAAGCAGCUGCAGAAGCAAGCUAAACAGCUUCAAGAUGAGCUUGAUGAUCAUGCAGAGGAUGAUGCUGCUAAGAACAAUGUCAAAUCAGAAAUUCAGAGCCGAAGUGGAGUUGAUCACAUUAGGCCUAAAACUGAUGAUCAUCAAGAUGAUCAUAAAGCUUCAAAUGGAAUUCAUUUUGGAACACCGGGAGACUGCAGUGUCUUCAAACAAAGCCGAGAUUAUUCAUAUGAUGUCCAUGAUCACAAGACAGAACAGAUGGAGCCCCAAGUGGAAGUGGCUCAAUUGGACGGAAACCAGUUCUUUGUGAAAGUGUUCUGUGAGCAAAAGCCUGGUGGAUUUGAGAGGUUGAUGGAGGCUUUGAGUUCACUGUGCCUGGAAGUUACUAAUGCAAAUGUGACUACCUUCAGAUGCCUUGUGUCCAAUGUUUUCAUUGUAGAGAAAAAGGAUACUGAUAUGGUUGAAGCUGAUGAUGUGAGAGACUCCUUGCUAGAGCUAAUAAGGAACCCGUUAAGACCGCGCAACGAGACAGCUAAAACGGAGGAAAAUGGCGUUGGCUUGGACAACCAUCAUGACCACCACCACCACCAACACCUCCACAAUCACCAUUUUAGUCCCCUCCACUUGCACCAUCUUCCUAAUGAAGCAUAAAGCAGCAGUGUUCCAAAUGGGAAAAGCACUUUUCAGUACUUUAAUUUUUGGUUAAUUUUCACCUUGAUACAAGUUUUUGCACAAUCUCAAAGGACAGAUUCUACAUAUCUUAAACUAACAGAAACAUUGCUCUCUUUAUAUAUGUCAACCCUAAAUCACUAUGA